CAGUGGCCACAGUCAGCAGCUUUACAGAGAACUUCCACUUCAGCCUCAACCAGGACAAUUCAGGCCACAGAAAGGGAAACCUGACUGUAGUCCUUGAAGCCAGCCUGCACAAUGCCUACCUGGGCAGCCCUGUUCCUGCUCUGGGCUACCACGGAGGCCACCAAGGACUGCCCUGCACCAUGCACCUGCCACGCUUUGGAAACCAUGGGGCUGUGGGUGGACUGCAGCGGGCGAGGACUCACAUCCUUGCCUGCCCUGCCAGCCCACACACGCCACCUCCUGCUGGCCAACAACAGCCUUCGUUCCAUGCCCCCUGGCACCCUCGACAACCUGCUCCAGCUGCAGACACUCGAUGUGACACAGAACCCCUGGCACUGUGACUGCAGCCUUACCUACCUGCGCCUCUGGCUGGAGGACCACACACCUGAGGCCUUGCCACAUGUCCACUGUGCCAGCCCUGGCCUUGCUACCAUCCACCCACUGGACCAACUCACAGGCUAUGAGCUGGGCAACUGCGGCUGGCAGCUACAGGCAUCAUGGGCCUACCCAGAGGUCUGGUGGGAUUUAGCACUGGUUGUUGUGGUCACAAUGGGCCUGUCUCUCCUGGCAGGUCUGUUGUGCACUGCCACAGAGUCCCUGUACUGAGCCUGGGCUCCCAGGGUCACCCUCAGGCCAGGCAGCGAGGACCUGAGCCCCACCCCAGAUUCUACCAGCCCUGAUCAGCCAGAACCACCUGUAACAAAAAAUAAACUGGCUGCUCAGCCAUUUUAAUCAAG